CACGCUUCUGUCUGAGGCAGUCUACACGCCAAGUUAGGUUAGGUUUGAUCAGAGUCUGGAAUCUUAACCCAACAAAUAUUUUAUAAUCAUUUAUUUGAGCGCAGGCGAAUAUUGAAAGUAUGUUAAAGUAAAGAUCGAGAACAAGGAUUUAUGCAUUGUUUAACUCCAAGGACGGAUUGAAGAAAUCUGUAUAUCGAGCAAUCGCGGUGGAGUGUCCAAAAAAAGAUCUACCAUAAUCAACGUCGUGUUUACGGCACCGUUGAAUACAAUAACAUACCUGAUUCUAAUACACGUAUUACCGUAAAUUAAAAAGAAUUCAUUGAAACAAAUUUGAGAAAAUAUAUUAUAUAAAUAUAUACGAUACUUUUUUUAAUAAUGAGAUUCAGUAAUAAAAAUUUAUUUAAACCACCGUACAUUUUAGAAAAGUGUGAGUUUCGCAAGAUCCUCAUGACAAAUUUAGGUUUAACUUCUUUCACGUCCUCCGACGUGGAUAAUUAUUUCAAUACGAAGAGAAAUAACCUUGUUCGUCAUCGAGUCAUAAAAAAUUGUUCUAUGUGCAAGAAAUAUAACGUUAAGGUGGAUUCUCUGGAUAGCCUCUUCCGUUGCCUGAGAUCGGUUAGCUAUACAUUAGAGCACAGAAUUAAUGUACUUAAGGAUAUAGGAGUACCAGUUAUAAAUACAUCUCAAUUGAACAAGAUAUUCUUUUAUAUUCACAAAAAAGUAUCAAAUUUUAAAGUGAAAACUAAUAUUCCAGCCGAGCAAAACAUUGCCAUGAAUAUAUUUGGUGGUGAAUUUUCUGACGACAUUUCAAAGCUGGGAUUGAAUGAUAACUUGACAGUCGAGGAAUAUUAUCAGAAGUGUCUUUUGUAUUGCAAAAGUCGGAUAUUCAAUCUACCAUAUUUAGACGAUAAAAUAUUUUUGGACAAUAAGAAUUUAAAAAAAGUAAAGAGUAUAAGCAUGAUUGCAGAGACACUGAAAGUACUCAGACUUGAUCUUGGUUAUGAUGAGAAGAUGAUAAAAAGGCAACCUAAAGUCAUCAUUGCUUCUGCCGAUAACAUCAGGUUGCUGUUAAAUAGUUUUACAGACAUCGUAGGGAUACCGAUUGUGGAUGCUUUGAGAGAAUAUCCCUUUAUACUUCUCCAAGAUGUGGAUAAUGUUAAACAAUUAGUGAAGCUGUUCAAACUGUAUGAAAUACCGAAUGAAUAUGUCAAGUCAUAUAUGAAAGUUUUCACGAUAAGAAACGAAGUUUUCCAAGAGCGAAUAGAGAUGAUAAAACGUCAUCCAAAUUUGAAUGUGUGGUAUAAGCAUUCGCGAAUUGUGCAAAUUGCAUCCCAGAUACAUAUGACAAAGAAUCGCUUGCAGUAUGUUAGCAUCAUGGAUUCUUCGAAAUGGGUCCAUCCAAACGCGCUCCUAUCUCAAAAGCAUUCAUUGGACAAAGCUGUGCAAAUCGGCUUAUGUUCACACAAACGGUAUGUACAGCAUGUAUUGAAGCAGGAGUUGGAAGUAGACAUGAGCGAUUUGCUAACGAGACAUCCGCAUUGGAAAACGGCUGCGUUUGCUGAUAUAGUGCAGAUGAUCAAAUACUUAAGGAAACAUUUUACAAUAGACGAGAUAUGCCCCAAUAUACACAUCGUGCUUUACAAACGAUCCAGAGUGCAAAAGGUACUGGCUGAUUUGAAACAACAAUACUCUCAGAGUACAGAGUACUCAUUUACUGACAGCCAGUAUCUCGCAUUGUGCCUAUACAUGCUGGAGAAAGAUAAUCAUUUCACAGGCGAUGGUAUUUGGAGCAACGAACGGGACACGAAGCAACAAUCUUUGAAGAAACGAAAUAUCGUGGAAAUAUCUGACAAUAGUACAAGUACGGUAGAAAAUAUCAAUGAUAAUUUCAGUAUGGAAGACGACGACGGUACUGAUCAUAAUGAUAUAGACGCUAAGGGCGUUGCGCUCAGUAACAAUACAUAAAUAUAAAGUAUUGAAACAACGGUAUACAUAAUGUACAUAACUUUUACUUGUACAGAAUAUCUUGCAGCAAUUCAUGUUACAGAGAAAGAUUGUAUCUUUAUAAUGUAUGCAACACAUGUAAAAAUGGCGUGAAAAAAAAUACAGUAAUAUGUUCUAAACGAGGC